AUGGCACCUAACGCGAACAUCCCCAUCAUCGACAUCGCCGCGCCGGGCGUCGACAGAACGGCCAUCGCGAAGCAGCUGGUCGACGCCGCGGUAGAGCACGGCUUCAUUUACAUCCGCAACACCGGCAAGUACAUCAACCUCGGCGAUAUCGACGCUGCGUUUGACCUGUCGAAGAAGCUGUUCAAGGCCCCUGUGGAGGAGAAGGCGGCAUGCACCAUCCAGCAGAACAACCGCGGCUGGUCUGGCAUGCAUUCUGAGACACUGGAUCCGAAGAACCAGCGAGUUGGAGAUUACAAAGAAGCUUUCAACUUCGGCGAAUUCAAAGACGGCAAGGCCCAACAGCCCCUGCCCGCAACAAUCCAGCCCGACGAGCCCUUCCUCAACUCCUUCAGGGACCAGUGCCACGCCCUCUGCCUCGAACUCCUGCACCUCCUCGGCAUCGGCCUGGACGUCGACCCCCCGACCUUCUUCUCCGCCGCCCACCUCCGCGAGCGCGGCGAGUCCGGCACCAUCCUCCGCAUGCUAUACUACCCGCCCUCCUCCGCCGUCACCGCCUCCGCCGACCCGGACGACGUCCGCGCCGGCGCCCACUCCGACUACGGCUCCGUCACCCUCCUCUUCCGCCUCCGCGGCCAGGCCGGCCUCGAGAUCCUCACCCGCGACAACUCGUGGGCCCCCGUCCCCGUCACCCCGCCAGGCACCGAGGCCGACGAGCUCCCGCCCGUCCUCGUCAACAUCGGCGACCUGCUGUCGUACUGGACCAACGGCCUGUUCCGGAGCACCGUCCACCGUGUUGUUUUCGGUGGCGACGCUGCGCCGACUGGGGAGACGGACGCUGGGCCGCGCUACUCGAUGGCCUUCUUCUGCCACCCGGUUGGCUCCGUCGCGCUCGACCCCGUGCCGAGCGAGAGGGUGAAGGGGUUCGUGGCGCCCGAGGGCACGCCGAACGCGAACCCCUACGCGGAGAGGAAGGUCAUGACUGCGGAUGAGCACCUCUUCAUGAGGCUGAGGGAGAGUUAUAAGGGACUGUACAAGGAAGAGGAGGCAAAGGCAUAG